AUGGGGCACAUGCAGAGGAUUGGUACGCCGUACUUUGAGGGCGGAGUUAGCCAGAGGCGGCAUAUGAGUGGCGUCAGAGAUUGGAGCGGAAUUUCCAGUCUAUCAGAUUUUGGUUUAGUACCAGUUUUGGAGGUUCUCAACGCAAUUGAAUGUGUAGGGACCUUGUUAGUGGGCGGUUUUGAGUCCCACGUUUUAUUCGACUCUGGAGCAUCGAAUUGCUUCAUUACACCGGAGCGUGCCGAGAAGAGUGGCAUCCGGAGUAGCGCGGGCGAGAGCGCGGGCAUGGUCAAGGUGGCGGGAGGUGGAUUCUUGUCUACUUUGGGCCGUGCUAGAGGAGUCGAGAUCGAGAUUGCGGGGCAGUCAAUGCCAGCAGACUUAGUCAUCAGUCCGGUGGAGCUGUAUGACGUUAUUCUCGGGAUGGACUGGUUGUCACACUACAGAGUUCAUCUGGAUUGCUACAGAGGUAGAGUGGUCUUCGAGCGAGAUGCAGGGAGGUUGGUUUAUCAGGGAGUGAGACCGACUUCCGGGAGUAUUGUGAUAUCUGCUAUUCAGGCCGAGCAGUUGUUAGAGCGGGGCUGUGAGGCGUAUCUGGCGACGAUUUCUAUGUCUGAGUCAGGAGCUGGAGUUGUUAUGGGAGAUAUUGAGGUUGUCCAGGAUUUUGAGGAUGUCUUUCAGUCACUGAAGGGAUUACCACCAUCUCGGUCUGAUCCUUUCACGAUUGAGUUAGAGCCGGGGACAGCACCGAUAUCGAAGACGCCUUACAGGAUGGCGCCAGCUGAGUUGGCAGAGCUGAAGAAGCAGAUAGAGGACCUUUUGUCUAAGGGGUUCAUUCGACCAAGUGUUUCACCGUGGGGAGCACCGGUGUUGUUUGUGAAGAAGAAGGAUGGGAGUUUCAGACUUUGUAUCGAUUACAGAGGUCUUAACCGAGUCACUGUGAAGAACAGGUACCCACUCCCGAGGAUUGAUGAGUUGUUGGAUCAGUUGAGGGGUGCUACUUGGUUCUCCAAGAUUGACUUGGCAUCGGGGUAUCAUCAGAUCCCGAUAGAUGAGGCAGAUGUCAGGAAGACUGCUUUCAGGACGCGUUAUGGGCAUUUUGAGUUUGUGGUUAUGCCUUUCGGUUUGACUAACGCGCCGGCAGCCUUCAUGAGAUUGAUGAACGACGUGUUCAGGGAGUAUUUGGAUGUGUUUGUCAUCAUUUUCAUUGAUGAUAUUCUGGUAUACUCGAGGAGUCAGGAGGAGCAUGCGACUCACUUGAGGUUGGUUCUGGAGAAGCUUCGGGAGCAGAAGCUUUUUGCUAAGUUGAGCAAGUGCAGUUUCUGGCAGCGAGAGAUGGGAUUUCUUGGCCACAUUGUUUCUGCAGAGGGAGUUUCUGUGGAUCCGGCUAAGAUUGAGGCUAUCAGAGAUUGGCCUAGACCUAGUAGUGCCACCGAGAUCAGGAGUUUUCUGGGUUUGGCAGGAUACUACAGGAGGUUCGUCAAGGGGUUUGCUACCAUGGCGCAGCCGAUGACGAAGUUGACCGGGAAGGAUGUCCCUUUUAUUUGGUCAGCUGAGUGUGAGGAGAGCUUUAGUCAGCUCAAGGAGAUGUUGACUACUACACCAGUGUUGGCGUUACCCGAGCCAGGGAAGCCUUACAUGGUGUAUACAGAUGCUUCAGGCAUUGGUCUUGGUUGUGUGCUGAUGCAGGAGGGCAGAGUGAUAGCAUAUGCUUCGAGACAGUGGCAGGGCAGUGAGCGUAACCGUCCUACACAUGACUUAGAGUUGGGAGCAGUGAUCUUCGCGUUGAAGAUUUGGAGGUCUUACUUGCUAGGUGAGACAGUACAGGUCUUCACGGAUCACAAGAGUUUGCAGCAUAUCUUCACUCAGCCGAUGAUGAACGCGAGACAGACGCGCUGGGUUGAGUUCUUGGCGGAUUAUCAGGUGAGCAUUAACUACCAUCCGGGCAAGGCUAACCUAGUGGCGGACGCGUUGAGUAGACGGAGGUAUGAUUCCGCAGUUGAGCGAGAUGUGGAGUCUCUAGUUGGCGAGAUCAGUACCUUGCGUUUGUGUGCCAUUUCGCAGGAGCCUUUGGGUUUAGAGGCAGUGGAUCAGGCGGAUCUACUUAGCAGGAUCAGAGUUGCUCAGCAGAGUGAUCAGAGUUUGCUGGAUGCGACGAGAGUGACUGGUUCUGAGUAUGAGGUCUCUGCGAAUGGGACUAUCUUGGUUCGUGGGCGAGUUUGUGUGCCUAAGGAUGUGGAGUUGAGACAUCAGAUUUUGGGAGAGGCUCACGCGAGCAAGUUUUCCAUUCAUCCGGGAGCGACCAAGAUGUACCAUGACCUCAAGAGGUACUAUCAUUGGGUCGGGAUGAAGAGGGAUGUAGCAGACUGGGUUGCGAAGUGCAACACUUGUGCCUUGGUGAAGGCAGAGCAUCAGGUUCCGGGUGGUCUUUUGCAGAGUUUACCCAUUCCAGAGUGGAAGUGGGACAGGAUUACGAUGGAUUUCGUGGUUGGACUACCUGUUUCGAGGACUUUCGAUGCUAUCUGGGUGAUUGUGGAUCGGUUGACUAAGUCGCACAUUUCUUGGCCAUCAAGAAGACAGAUGGAGCUGCUGUCUUGGCUAGGAAGUUUGUGCGAGAGAUUGUGA